GUUUGUCAAAAUUCAAAGCGAUUAUUUUACAAAAAAUUCAUCAAAAAAUUUCCGAACUUCCGUCGCUGUGCAUCCACCGGAAACCAACGCCAAAAAGUUUCUCCGUGUGCAGUUAUCCAGGGUUAUACGAGGCGUGUGUCAAGAAAAGUGCGUGAAACUCGAUAAAGCUACGUCCAAUCUCAAGAAAAUGUGGUAGUAAUAUUCUCAUCUAAGCCAAACAAAUGAUAAGAUAAGAGAAAAGAAAAGAAGAGCAGAGCAGACGAGCGAAGACGAAGAGGAAGAGGAAGAGGCAGCCCCGUUGAGAGCAAGGUGACGCAAGAGAAGAGGUGGAAAGUAACUGUUCCAAGGAUUCAGCGACAGCAGCUGUGAUCCCCGACUACCCUCUCCUCCCCCACCCCCUGCACAUGUAGAGCCCAUGGCAAUGGAAUUUAGUGUGACCAGGACAAUACCGAGUGAAAAUACCAGACCAAAGCCGCGGCCCACUGGCCACUGAGAGGAAGGAGACAAUGCGUAACGGGCAAUGUUAUGCCCAGCGGCAGAAAAAGGAAAAGGAGGAGGACCACGACCAAAACCAGAAACAGAACCAGGACCAGAACCAGGCGGAGCAGGAGCAUGCGGACCCGGAUGAAGAGUCCGAGACAGAGCAGGAGUCGGAUACGGAGACGGAAUUGCAGCCGCAGGCCAAGCAAGUCAACUCCGUUCCCCUGGCAAGCGGGCGACUGAUCGGCACGCAUAUCAGGCCCGAACCAGACCCAGAGUCCGGCGAACAGACGGACACCCAGAGCACGGAUAGCAACAGCUCCACGCCGACAACGGCAGAUGUGGCAGACGAGGAAGAUGUGGAGACCGUCAGCUCCCUGCCGCUGUCGCCGCCCACCUGCGUACGCAGCGGCGUCGGGCAGCUGGUCAAGGGCAAUUCUCCGCUCAAGAGGCUGCAUGCGGACAACCGGUCGGCCUCCAUUGCCACCACCACCACCACCAGCACGAGCAUCAGCACGACACCGAGCAGCGGUAUCAAUCAGCCGGACCUGGACAACGUGCCCACGUCAUCGCGGUACGCGGCCCAUCCGAGCAACUUUGUCGAGACCGCAAUCACCUCAACGUCGCUGGGCACCUCCGCAAGGACGGGCGGUGGUGGUGCACCGGGCAGCACGCAUCGGCGCACCCACUCGGCGGCCUCUUACAUCUCGAUGUGGUCGCUGGCUCCAGGAGCAGAUCCGCCGUUACAGCGACGCAAGCGGAAUCGAUUCUCUCGAUGGCUACGCUACGCGUGCAACGUAUGCUGCUGCAAGAGUUCCGGAAUAGGCGAGCCGAGUGUUCAUCAUGCGCUGGUUGUGAUAUUUCUAGAGUUCUUUGCGUGGGGACUCCUAACGAUGCCCAUAAUAUCGAAACUGAACAAGACAUUCCCGGAUCAUACGUUCCUCAUGAACGGCCUGGUCAUGGGCAUCAAGGGGAUCCUGUCGUUCCUGGCGGCGCCGCUGAUCGGCGCUCUUUCGGACAUUUGGGGUCGAAAGUUUUUCCUAUUAGUGACAGUAUUCUUCACCUGCCUACCCAUACCGGUGAUGUCCUUCAACACCUCGUGGUUCUUUGCCAUGAUCUCAAUAAGUGGCGCCUUUGCCGUCACCUUCUCGGUGGUGUUUGCCUACGUGGCCGAUGUGACCACGCCGGAGGAACGUUCCAAGGCUUAUGGCCUUGCCUCAGCCACCUUUGCUGCUAGUCUGGUCAUCUCGCCGGCGUUGGGCAACGCUCUGAUGGACUCGUAUGGCGAAACGCUUGUUAUUGCUCUAUCCACAGCCAUAGCGCUGCUGGACGUGUUCUUUAUUCUGGUGGCUGUGCCGGAAAGCCUCUCGGAGAAGGUGCGACCCUCCUCUUGGGGUGCGCCCAUUAGCUGGGAGCAGGCGGAUCCAUUUCAGGCUUUGCGAAAGGUCGGCACGGACAAGACCGUUUUGAUGCUGUGCCUCACUGUGCUGCUCUCGUAUCUACCAGAGGCUGGGGAGUAUUCCUGCAUGUUUGUCUACCUGAAGCUAAAGAUGGGCUUCAACUAUACGGAGGUGUCCAUCUUCAUAGCCAUCGUUGGUAUCCUGAGCAUCACAGUGCAAGUGACCCUGGGUUCCUUUAUGAAAGUGUUUGGCGCCAAACGAACGAUCAUUGUGGGCCUGGCCUUGGAAAUCGUACAGCUGCUGUGGUACGGCUUGGGCAGUCAGAAGUGGAUGAUGUGGUCGGCAGGCGUUGUGGCUGCCUUGGCCUCCAUCACCUAUCCCGCCAUCAGUGCGUUCGUAUCGCUGUAUGCGUCCCCCGAGAGUCAGGGUGCUGUUCAGGGUAUGAUCACGGGCAUGAGGGGCCUGUGCAAUGGCUUGGGACCAGCUGUGUUUGGCGUUUUCUUCUAUCUGUUCAAUGUAAAUCUGAACGAAGAACGCGACAAUCUACACAUGUCCAGUGGCAGUCGCGAGACGAAUGUGGAAAAGAUAUCGCAUCAUGUGCCAGGACCGCCAUUUUUGUUUGGCGCCCUGUGCGUCGUCUGUGCUAUAAUCGUGGCAUCGUUCAUUCCAGAGGGCCAGAAUGCCCAAUUGGAGAAGAAACGUGCCUCGCUCGAUGUACAGUACGAGAUCGAAUCUGGCCACAAGGCUCCCAGCUCCCUGGCGCCGCUUAUACGCUCCGACUCGCUGGCGCAGCUGUAGUCGUCCUAUCCACACACACAGCCCACACCCACAGCAACACACACAACCGCAACAACCGCAGCUGGUGUCUAAAACAUACGUAUAAGCAGAGAUAUUUAAGAAUUAACUUUAACCGAUUUUGUAAUUGUAACGAAUGCUGUAACUAGUUUGGCUUUAGUUAGUCCCACAAUCCCACAAUCCAUGGCUAAGUUUUCUAGAGAGAGAGUCUCUGCGUCGAUGCCCAUGCUGCUGAUCAUGCUGCUGCUAUUGCCUUGCCGCCUGGUACUCCAUUCAAGUCUUCGGUUAGUUUUCACCUUAGCCGAUACUCCAUAAGUGUCAGUAAAGUUACACUUGCAACCAGCACUCAGCACCCACCACCCAGCACCCAUCACCCCCGCUCUCAAGAUUCAGUUCAGUUUUUCGUUUGUUUUGUGGCUCAAUGCUGGGGUUCCCCUUUCGGCUGGGGACUAAAUUACACACAUCACACAGCAGAUGAACAAAAACUGCCAAAAUAAUAAACAAAUUAAUUGUAAAUUCGUAAAACCUUCUGCUAAAUGCGAAAAUUCAACACUACCAUUCAGCAAAUGCCUAAACGAAAUACCCAAAUAGCCCUAGUACCAUUUUUAGUUGUAACAAAAAAGAAACACAAUUAGAAAGAGGUAAAAUCCAAAUAAACUGAAUACUAAGCUUUACUUUGCAAAUUGUAGUGAUCUAAAAAGUGUAAACUCAAAACAAAACCGAGUUCCAGCAGUCGCAAAUGGAAUAAUAUUGUACUAGUAUACAUAUAUAUAUAAAUAUGCAUACACACAUACAUAUAUAGGAACUGAGCACCGGGGUAUCUUGAUGUCGAGACACGUGUGCCUCGACAGAACAAAACAAAACAAAAAAUGAGAUAAAUGUAUAGAGGAGGGCACUGGACACAAAUCAUAAUAUUAGCGUGCGAGAACACUGUAGUUUUUUUUUAUUUUGAUAAAGCCAGUAUGAAAAAUAAAUGUUGCAAUGAUGCUUGAGGCAUACGGAUAGUCAGUCCCCAAACCACUCCAAACCACUCCAAUCCAAUCCAAUCUAAACCAAAACAAACCAAACCAAUCCCAAGUGUGGAAUGUGCGUGUGUAUGUACAGUACUUUAGAAAAUCAAAGGUAUAUAUUUUUCAAAGUGUGCUGCAGGAACAGUGUAAGGUCCUCCUCCACCCCACCCCAUGCAUGCGGCACGUAGAAUGCUGCUCUGAAUGCUGCUAAUGAGUAAGGACGGGUAGGACGACAGUAUGUAUGUAGAGAACGAUAUCCACAUUUUGAUUGUAAAUUAUUUAACAUGUAAUUUAGUGUUUUAAACGAAACCAAAAUAAACGAAACUGUUUGAUGAA